AUGUUAGAAGCUGUAACCAGUUCACUUACCAUCACACUUCAUAAUGGUGAGCAAACCUCAUUAUAUAAAGAAUUAUACGAUGAAAAAUAUUUGGACAAAUGGACGAAAGAACUUGGUUUGAAAUACAAAUUGCAAAUGAUGAAAUUCAGAUGUGCUAAAAUUGAAAUAUGGGGACCUCAUUUUGAACAAGGUCAACUAUUAAAAAACGUUGCCGAUUAUUGGGAUAAUUUCAUUCAACAUUACAAAUUAAUACAAUUGGAUGUUGUAACAGCUUGUUUAUUUCAUCGAAAAAAUGGCGCUGCACAAGCUAAAUUAAAGGAAAUAAAAGAACGUUGGGAACAAAUGAAUGCUCAAAUUGAAUAUAUUUUUUUUUCUAAAAAAAACUAUGUUCAAGGUCAUACUGGUCUGGGUAUUGAUUUAUGUCCAUUUGAAAAUUGUCGUGCUAUUAUUAUAAAAGAAAGUUCCUAUAAUCGAUGUAUGAACUGUUUAAAAAUGGUUUGUGUGAAUUGUAAAGUAGCUGAAGAUAAACUACAUGAAAAUCGCAAUUGUGAACAAUAUCAGACAGAAAAACAACGUUUGAAAGAAUUAGCUCGAGCAAAAGAACAAUUAGAAAAUAUUUAUAAAAUAUUAUAUCAAAAAGCAGAAGAAUUUGUGCAAGCGAAUUGGCCACUAGAUAUGCCGAAAAUGACAAGAGCGGAUAUCAAUCCAGGAUUGGCUCAUAAUUGUCCAGCAGCGCAACUGUUUAUAAAAGGCGUUCAAAGUCUUAAUAUAGAUCCAACUCAAAUUUUUGAAGGUGGUCAUUGUUCUUGGCAUGGUACUUCUGAACAGGCCAUUGAACCAAUUUGUCAUAAUGGUUUUGAUCCAUCGAAAAGAACUGGUCAAGCUUAUGGGAGAGGAGAAUAUUUUGGUAUGACGGCAAAUGUAUCAAGAGGUUUUUGUAAAGAUUCAACUAGACUCAUUGUUAUUUUCUUAUUACGUGGAACACAUUACAGUGUUCAUGGUGAAUAUUGUUACGUGAUUGAUAAUCCAAUAAAUUGGGAUAUAGCUUACUGUGUUCCUACACUCAUAGUAACAUUUGAACCGGAAAAAGUUCUCCGUCGUUUGUAA